AUGCCUUUGGAAGCUUUUAACGCCAAACCCCAAUUAAAUUCAUGCAUACGCCAAAGCUCUCACGGAAUUGAGAUUAGCGGCGAUGCAGUUUAA